AUGGUUUCCAUUUUCCAGGCGGCGGUGCUCGCCGUCGUGACCUACGCUUCCUGGCAGAUGUUGACGCUGUGCAUGUACCUGCGCAAGCAAAUGCAGCAGGCCUCAGCCAGCGGGCUGCCGUACAGCCUCUCGCCGGUCCACGUCAUGAACGUCGCGUACUGGUUUCUGCUCGCCCCGAUCAUCGCACUGGACGGUUCGAUAUCCAUGAAGACGCUGCAGAAAUGGGCGCCAUGGACGGCCAUCUUCCGCAUCUGGCAGGCUGGCUACUCUGUCUUCCGCGAGCUCGGCACAGACUCUUUCUUCAUCUGCUCGCCCUCCGGCCCCAUGCUCAUGACCUGCGACGUGCACCUCGUCAAGCAGGUACUAACGCGCGCGCACGACUUCCACGCCCCAGUCGAGGUCCUCGGGCUCUACAACAUCUAUGGACCGACGCUGGCCGCGAGCGAGGGCGAGCAGUGGCGCCUGUACCGGAAGAUCACGACGCCGUUCUUCAACCAGAAGACGUACGGCAAAGUCUGGAAGGAGAGCUUGGAAAAGGCCGAGCGCCUGUCUGCGCAGUGGAGCCAUGGGAACGACGACGCGCGCGUGGCGGACGUCAAGGAGCAGCUUAUGUCGAAGCUGAAUCUGCGUGUUAUCGCUAAGAUCUUUUACGACCAGGAGCUGCCGUAUGAUGCGGAGAACGCGAUGAAGGACGUUGCGCCUAAGGGGCACGCGCUGACGUUCAGCGAGGCUAUCAAUGCCGUGCUGUCGAAUCUUGCAACGGUUUUUAGCGUACCCAAUUGGUUGCUAGCCAAGUCGCCGUUUGAGUCUCACAAGAAGGCGUAUCAGGGAUUCUCCGAGUGGAAGCAGUACAUGCUUGAAAUGCGAAACUCAGUGCAAUCACGCCUCGAGUCCGCGAAACAGAAGGAAGACCCGUAUUUCCUAGAAUCCCUCGUCAUCUCCAGCGACGCCGCCUCCACCCGCGACGGCACCCGGCCCCUAACCGAAGCAGAAGUCCUCGGCAACAUGUUCUUCUACGUCAUGGCCGGCUUCGACACAACCUCCACCACCCUCUCCUUCGUCUUCCUCCUCCUCGCGCUGUACCCCUCCGCACAAACCCAGCUCCAAGCCGAACUAGACCGCGUGCUCGGCUCCCGCGCAACCUCCGCCUGGGACGCAAACAAGGACGUCCCCGAGCUGCUAAACGGCUAUCUUGGUGCUGUCAUUAGCGAGACGCUACGUCUUUACCACCCUGUUGCGUGGUACGCACGUAAGACGGUGAGAGAUACGAACGUCACGACUAAGACUGGCGUGUCUGUGAGGAUCCCCAAGGAUACUAUUAUUAUGAUCGACGUCGCUGCUAUAGGCCGCCAUCCGGACUACUGCGGAGGCGCAGGCAGAAGGGAGGGGAAAGGCGUGGUUAGAGGCCAGGACGAGGAGCGCGCGUCGAGGGCGCUGUACGAGGGGAUGGGGUUUGGGCAUGGGAUUUAUCCGAAGGUGCAUGUGCCGUUUAGGAUUGUGAGGGGGGAGGGACAGUGA